AUGGCGGAAGAACCAGCAUCCCCGUCGCCGGCUGCGGCGGCUUCGCCCCUGGGCUCGUCGGUGAUUCCUGUGGUGAACAGGCUCCAGGACAUAUUUGCCCAGCUCGGGAGCCAGUCUACGAUCGAGCUGCCGCAGGUGGCGGUGGUCGGCAGCCAGAGCAGCGGCAAGUCGAGCGUGCUUGAGGCCCUGGUCGGGAGGGAUUUCCUGCCUCGCGGGAAUGAAAUCUGCACGCGCCGGCCGCUGGUUCUGCAGCUGGUGCAGACAAAGAGGAAAGGCGACGGAAGCGAGGAAGAGUGGGGGGAGUUCCUCCAUCGGCCUGAUAAGCGGUUCUACGAUUUCUCUGAGAUCCGGAGUGAAAUUGAGGCUGUAACAGCUAGAGAAGCGGGAGAGAACAAAGGCGUCUCUGACAAGCAGAUCCGUUUGAAGAUUUUCUCCCCUAAUGUUCUUGAUAUCACACUUGUUGAUCUUCCUGGGAUAACAAAAGUUCCUGUCGGUGAUCAGCCCACUGAUAUCGAAUCAAGAAUCAGAACAAUGAUUAUGUCAUACAUAAAAAAGCCGAGCUGUCUUAUACUCGCUGUAACUGCUGCAAAUGCAGACUUGGCAAAUUCAGAUGCUCUUCAGAUUGCAGGAGUCGCUGAUCCUGAUGGUUACCGUACCAUUGGUAUAAUUACUAAGUUAGAUAUCAUGGAUAGAGGUACUGAUGCCCGCAAUUUGUUACUCGGAAAAGUGAUUCCCCUGCGACUUGGUUAUGUAGGGGUUGUGAAUCGUAGUCAAGAGGACAUUAAUCUCAACCGAAGCAUUAAGGAUGCAUUAGCAGCAGAAGAGAAGUUCUUUCGCAGCCAUCCAGUUUACAGCACUGUAGCUGAUCGUUGUGGAGUUCCUCAGCUUGCAAGGAAAUUGAACAAUAUCUUAGUGCAGCAUAUUAAAGCGAUACUUCCUGGGCUCAAGUCUCGCAUCAGUGAUGCACUUGUGAGUGUUGCUAAGGAACAUGCAAGCUAUGGAGAAAUCACCGAAUCUAAGGCUGGUCAAGGUGCUCUCUUGUUGAACAUAAUCUCAAAAUACUCCGAAGCUUUUGCUUCGAUGCUAGAAGGAAGAAAUGAAGAAUUGUCAACUUCCCAGCUCUGUGGCGUAGCAUUUAUUGAAUACGUUUUCCAGUCAAUUUUUGUCAGAACUUUAGAGGAGGUUGAUCCUUGUGAGGACUUGACAGAUGAUGACAUUCGUAUUGCCAUCCAAAAUGCUUGUGGUCCCAAAUCGUCAAUAUUUGUAGCAGUUGUGCCAUUUGAAGUUCUUGUACGUCGGCAAAUUGCUCGUUUACUGGAUCCGAGCCUUGAAUGUGCCAGGUUCAUAUAUGACGAGUUAAUAAAGAUUAGCCAUCGGUGUCUAGUGGUGGUAGAUGAACUACACCGGUUUCCUGUUCUAAGAAAACGCAUGGAUGAAGUUGUUGGGAACUUUUUGCGGGAUGGUCUUGAACCAUCCGAGACCAUGAUUGGACAUCUUAUAGAAACAGAGAUGGACUACAUAAACACGUCCCACCCAAAUUUUAUUGGAGGAACCAAGGCUGUGGAAGUUGCAGCACAACAAUUGAAGACUUCAAGACUGAGCAUCCCUGCCUCUAGGCAGAAGGAUGGUCUAGAAGCUGAUAAAGCACCAGCAUCUGAAAGGACCCUGAAAUCUCGAGCUAUUAUUGGCAGGCCUGUUAAUGGAGUUAUGCCUGAUCAGGGGGUACGCCAGGUAGCAGAUGCUGAGAAGGUUGGGCCCUCUGGGAACCAGAGUGGGUCUUCUUGGGGUAUUUCAUCAAUUUUUGGCGGAAGUGAUAAUUCCCUUAGUUUUUCCAAGGAGAGUUCAACAAGCAAAGUACAUGUUGAGCCCACUCACGGGAAUGAUUAUUUGGACAAGAGUAGCAGCUCCGUCAUUCGAUUAAAAGAGCCUCCAACAAUCUUGAGACCCACAGAAGGCUUUUCUGAGCAGGAGUCUAUUGAAAUUACAGCCAUUAAAUUGCUAUUGCGAUCAUACUAUGAUAUCGUUCGGAAGAACAUUUCAGAUUUAGUGCCGAAAACCGUCAUGCACUUUCUUGUUCAGCAUGCGAAACGUGAGUUGCACAAUAUUCUGAUUAAAAAGCUUUACAGAGAGAAUCUCUUUGAAGAGGUGUUGCAAGAGCCUGAUGAAGUUGCGCUAAAGAGAAAGAGGACAAGAGAAACACUCAAAGUCCUCCAACAAGCCUUCCGGACAUUAGAAGAACUGCCAUUGGAAGCCGAAUCAGUGGAAAGGGGACACAGCACGGUUGCUGAUACAAUCGGGCUGCCUAGAGUUCGAGCAAACUCGAAUGCAAACGGUCAUCACUCUUCUCCGAGUAAUCCAAGGUCGAGGAAGUCCUCCCACUCUGGUGAGCUACUGCAAUCUUAUUCCACCAGCGCUGAUUCUAAUGGGAGCAGCGGCAGGGGGGUGUACAUGCCAGGUCUCUAUCCUUCCGUCGAUUGA